AUGGAAUUAUCACCCUUCCGACCUCCGUUACGAUCCCUCAACGACCAUCGGCGGCCGAUCCCAUUGGUCGGCCAUCCUACGAUUACACGCCACAGUCUAUGUUUUUCGAUCGUCGACAAAAAGGGAUCGACGAAGAAGACAACGACCCUCCUCACCGUCCGGGCAAAGACGAUGACCCUCCUACCCUUUUGUAUUGGCCCUCCUCCCCUUUCCGGCGAAGACGACGAAAAAGAAUUUGAGCAAGAAUGGAAAAGACGAAGAGACCGUAUCAUGCGGUUCCAACAGGGAAGAGGCUUGCAAGCUAUGUUUCUAGCAAGGUAG